CCCAAUGGGCUUUUUUCGUCGAGUAAGCCCAAUGAAAUUGUUCCAGUUCCGCUCUCAGUUUCGCUUGGCUUAGCUAUGGUAGAAAAUAUUAAACCUGUGGCACGCUGCAUAAACCCUAGAGUUUGAAGCUCUCUCUUCACUGUUUGGAUUUCAGAGGAGAAAGAAAGAGAAAACUCUGAAAUCGCAUCAAUGUCUGGUAAAGAAGACUACGAUUCCGACGCCCCCGAAGAAUUCACAGCUGAGCAGGGGAUACAACAAGACGAAGAGAUUCAAAAGAUUCAAAAAGAAAACAAGGCCAGGGUCGUUCGUGAAGAAAAAAAGCGUCGGAGGAAAUGGGCUCAAAAUAUAACACCUCGACCAUCCAAUACUCGUGAAAAACCUCAAGAUAUAUCAGGCACUAAGCCUCAGCAAGAACCAAAUACUGCUGCGGGAUUUCUUCCUGACAACAUUGUCCAAAUGCUUGCUGCACAAGAGAAACAAGUUUUCUUAUCUGACUCUGAUGAGGAGAAAGAUGGCGUAAAGCCUACCAAUUCAAAGAAGAAGAAAUCAAAGAAAUCAGGCUUGGAACCUGUUAUUUUGAGCGAAAUUGGUCCUCCUCAAUGCUUACACAGUGCCUUGGAAUUCUUGAAACAGAGAAAACUUUCAGUUCACAGAUCGUCUUCUGUUUUGAACAAUUCCAACCGAGCAUUGCGUCUACUCUCUAGUUCAGGAGUGUUACGCCAGAAGUAAAGAUUUUCAUUAUUUAUAUAGAUAUUAUUUGCCAAGAAAGUGAGGUGUUCGUUAGUGUUGCAAUACUUAUUUCAACUUGUCAGAUGCUACUGUUGGUCUCUACUGGACUGAAUUGUAACUUAAAGAUAUUCUGAAUGUAUCCACUUGUGUUUUUGCCUUAUAGAACUCCCUCUCCAUACUUUGAAUUAUUUUUUGGAUAAAUGGAAUUGCAUUCCAAGUUUUGUAA